GAGAGCGGCAAACGAAUUCAGUCACAGCCGAGAGAAGGGGCGCGGAGCCCGGCGAGCCUCCGUCCGAAACCCGGGGGUCUUUUUUGUUCGUUUUGGACCCGUCUUUUGGACUGACAUAUCGGCUUUCCCUAUCGAGUACCUAAAACGCGCUCUCACACGCGAAAGGACACUUAAAGACUGUCAGUCAAAAGACUUUGGUGAAGGAUUUUCCCCCCUCGGUGUGUCGAAGAAGAAGAAGGGGUUUAGGUUUAGCAGCAGGUCCCUUGUGGCUCAGUCUGAAGAGCAGGGGAGCAGAAAGACGACACACGGCCCCUUGGGCCUUGUGGCAGACAUCCCAAACAUCCAGCAGCAUGGAAUGCUUCAGCAGGGCAGUGGAGGGCUCCUGCUGACUUCUCGCUGGCUGCAUUCCUAAGCCCUCUCCAGAGCUGUGUGGGUUUAGUAGGUUUGUCACAGGAACAAAGAAAUGCCAGCUGGGUCGCCCUGUGAUGGCAUUUCUAAUGCCCAGUGCUUUUUUGUAUAAAACAUUCUGACUGAACGAAGAGGAAGUAUCUGUACCCCCUUGGAGUUUUCUGCACUCUUCAUCCAUGGCACAGCAGUCCGUAAGACAUUUUCAGUAGUUGUCAACAAUCACACAAGAGGAGCCUGCUAUUGAACAUGACUCAUGGGGAGGAGCCUGGCCCUGAGACACACCAGGAUUCAGCUGUUUUAACUUAUCUGGAAGGUUUACUAAUGCAUCCGGUUGCAUCUGGGCCUGGUGCCACGGCAACAAGGAGAUCAGAGGCUGGCAACAAUGAUGGGGAGCCGGGAAACCAGGGGACCAGGGGCAUUCAGCUACCCAAUCACGGCUCAAGCCCACCAGAGAAAGGCAGCCCUCUUGGAGCGGCCUCACAGCACCUUAAAAAGGCCAGACUGCUGCGUUCAGGGACCUGGAGUGAGACAGACAACCAGAGGAAAGACACCCCCAGGAUGGAGGUGAAUGGGCAGGUCAAGGAACACCAUAAAGCAGCCCUGGAUAGUUCUGCACAGGGAGAGAGCACACUGCUGGCCUCUCUACUCCAGUCCUUCAGCUCACGCCUACAGACGGUGGCCAUGUCACAGUGCAUCACCCAGAGUCACAAACAGCUUGAUGGAGAGAGCAGCGAGAGUACUCCCGUUGACAAGGACACCUUCCAGGGCUACUGUACAGCCUCAAGUCGUCUCAAAGGCCUGAUAAGGAAAAACAAGCAACAUAGCCACAAUAACGUGCCUUACAGUCGCCGCAGCAGCCAAGACCGGCGCUCUGAGUCCCCUCGUAACUCGCAGAGCUCUGCGCCUGACUCCAUGUCCUGCGCAGAGCGGUUGAAGGCUGUGGCCACACUAGUGAAGAGCAGGUCCAGUCCUGCCCCUUCCCCUAAGCCCAGCGUGGCCUGCAGUCAGUUAGCCUUGCUGCUGUCUAGUGAAGCCCAUCUGCAGCAGUAUUCCAGAGAGCAGGCCUUAAAAGCACAAUUAUCUGGCCGAACAGCCAGUGAAAGGCUGGCAGCCAUGGCUACGCAGCAAACGAAGGAAAAGGGACCACCCAGCAUGGGAGAGUCACUGAUUGCCCCAGACAUGCUAAGCUCCUUAAACACCCUAAAUGGAACACUCCCCUCACCAACAUUAAAUUCCAGCAGGAGGAGCCCCUCACUAACCCCGGGCCGAAGCAUAUCAGCUGGCUCCCCUAGGCCAUCUCCGCAGCCCCCUAAAGAGAAACGCCCCUUUGACAGGCACAGCAGCCGGCCUCCGCAGAACUGCAGUAGCUUGCUCCUGCUCCUCCUCAACAACCACAACUCCCAGAAGCAUCUUACCAAGAACGGGCACCUAGACGAUGACUGCACUGCCCCUCUCAGCCAAGCUUCCUCUCAUCAGUCAGACAGCGAGUACUCCAACCAGGAGAACAGCUUGACCAAAGACAGUAGUGACGCAGAGAGCUGCUACUCCAGCUGCUCCCCUAUUGACCUCUCCAUGAGGAGCCGAAUUUGCAGCCAAAAGUCAGAGCCCCCCUCCUCCGCCUCAUCUUUGGACAAGCUCACAGAGACACUUAUAAACAAGUGGAAGCCGGAGACUCCCGGGCCAAAGGUCCCUGAGGCCAGGGAGCUGGAAACAAGCCCAGACAUGAAAUCCCAUCAUAAGGUCACUCUCAUGCAGUUACUGUUGGACCGCAAAAAUAACGAGAAGGUAAACAAAAUUGCAGAUAAUCCAGAUUUGCAGCAUGACGCAACCUUUAGCAACAUGGCGGGAGGCCCUCCUAAACGGCUUGGCACAUUGGAAGAGAUCAGGACCCAGAAUGCUCUUGAACGGCUGGCAGGUGGGGGUCUGUCCACAUUCUCUCACAGUGGGGAGACGAGCAACACUCCUUCUCCUUUCUCUUACUCUUCUGCCCUUGUUCAGUCCAGUCCACUGGACCUGUGUAAAUCUAAACCUCACACCAAUGAAAAAAUGGUGGAGCCUGCUUUCAUUGCCAGUAAGCUAUUACAAAACCUGGCUCAGUGCGGUUUACAGAACCCGUCUCCCUCACCCCCUUCCCCCCAAGUCCACAGGCCUCCAAGCAAAAGGCAAAGCCCAGAAUGUGAACUAGACAGGCCUCAGUCUCUUCUCGACAGGCUAGUUCCUCCAAUCAAAAGGAGCAAAACUCCUUUGUUCGAACCACCCCCUGCCAGUUUCACACUUUUUGGACGAGAGCGGUCACCUCCAGCAUCCACACAAAUUGAGAACCUCCUGGAGAGGCGCACUGUACUGCAGCUACUGCUAGGCACUGCCUCCCACAAGGAGAAAUCCAGUGGGAGGAGAAGCACAGAGGCAGCCAUGGGAGCUUUUGAAAAGCCUCCAGGGGCCUCUGUCAUCUGUGACAGCUCAAACGGACCUUCAUUGAAUAUUAAGAUCAAAACAGAGCCAGGAGAGGAGAGUCUUCUCUCAGACAGCUCUGAUGAUGGAGGAUGCCGGUGGAGAUUGGGACAUGAGAGACACAGUCCCCUUGCUGAAGCACACGACAAUGUCAAAGCGGAGGAGUGUUCCACGGAAGCCGCCGCUAAAUACGGCCUUCUCAGCCAGCUGUUGAAGCAGCAGACCACUACCUAUCACUCAAGUCCACGUACAGAGCCACUUGUGAGCACAGUGAAGGAGGAGCAGAAGGAUUAUCAGGAGCCACUUCCUAAAAAGAAAAAACUGUGCUUAGAGCUGGCUGAACACCUCAGCAAUGAACUCUGCACGAGACCGCUAGAUACUGUGAGUGAGCGUCUGGUGUCUGGAACACCUGAGGAACACAAAAGCAGAAGGCUACUGAGCCCAAAAGCAGAGGACUCUUUCAUCAAGGGUCCUGUGGGUAAAGCUCCCACGAGAGACAGCCAAGGCUUCAAUGUUUUGAAGCAGCUCCUUUUGUCAGACAACUGUCUGAAAGAGCUAUCUCAGCCUCGGGGGACCCCCAGCCCCUUUCUCCCUCAGGCAAACUGCAAAGCCAACGGGAACUUCUCUCAGUCCACUUACAAUCCUGAACUCAUGAACUUGCCAUGGUUCCCCCAGACUCUUAACUCAGGGACUGGUGAUCUCAGACCACUUUCGUCCCCACCGGGAAACAGCACCCAAGGAUCACCCUGGGCUAAGGGCUCCCCCAAACCCAGUCCCACACCUGUGAAAAAAGAGACCAAAAGCUCACCAAGGUGGGCAUUUGGUGGGGAGGAAUCUAGCCCUGAUUCUCCACCUCUAACGAGAUCAAAUCCUAUAUUGUACUCUAUGCUUCAAAGAGGGAACGGUCAGCUCAGAAAAGAGAUGCAGGACCAUGUGCAAAGGACACACUGUGGGGUUAGAGUUAAAGAAGAGCCGUGUACCGAGAGCAGGUACCUUGAGCACAGACUGAGUGCUAUGCAGCGCUCUCUAGUCCACAGCGAGAGACAAAGCGGUGGUAGUGAGCACCUCAAUGGCUCGUUACACAAAUCGUAAACCUGAACCGCCAAAGACUGAGAUUUGUUUAAGUAAUGAGUGUGAGCUACUUUAUUGGUAUGGUUAGUGUUUUUUUUUUCUUUAUUUUUAUUUCAUUUUUUUGAAUGAUAAGCAUAUAAUGCACGUUAAUCCAAAAUCUGAUAUCAAAUCCAUUAAUAUCACCUACAUUUUCCGAGAAGAAUUGUUUUUCCGCCCAAUUGCAGACACGUUUAGCGUAAGCAUCUUAUCCUGUCUUAUCCCGUUUCAUUGUAUGUUUUAUACAGGUCACAUUUCUCUGUCCUGCACACUAUGGAACUAUCAAAAGCUUUCUCUCCUACAUAUAAAGCAUUCAUGAGGAACAUCCUAUUGCGUUUAUUAUUGAUGACUCCAAAAACGUUACUGCUAGAUUUAUUUCAUAUUUAUUCGCAUCUAAAUCAGGACCGUUUCCUGUUUUCUGAAACCGACUCAAUUAUACGGUGAUAAGCACAACGCUAUAUCAGAUGCAUACGUGGCAUUCGCACGUCAUGUCACUACAAAGACUAUAAAAGAUGUAAAAUUACCUGCUUUACUUAUCAGGUACUUUGCAUCCUGUUCUAACUGAGAUAACCGACUGGUCAUGCCACAAAAUCGAGCCCAGUAAAGACGUAUCGACGUAAUGAUGCAAAGGAUUUUUUAUGGGAUGAUAUUGCUGGUGAAGUGAACACAUUUGUAAGCUAUGUCAAAUUUACAGUGCUUUAAUAUUUUUUGAUCAGGAAUGAAUCUGUAGGUGUUGUUUGGUGUUUAAGGCAUGGAUAAAGAAAACUGAGUGUCAUAUUUUUAGCUGUCAAAGUAUCUUUUUACGGUUUUGUAUCAUUCAUUGUUUUGUACUUUAUAUACAUAUACGUAGCAUUUCACAGGCUUAUGGUGUCAAAUGCGUUUUUGGAAAGUUAGUACCCCCCCCCCAAACAUGUGACUACAAAUUUAUCAACUGUGGGAAUGAUUUCUGUUCCGUUUAUAUACGUGGCUACUAUAUGGUCAAUCAUAGAAAGCAUAGUAGUAUCGUGUGACCCUGGGAGUCUACUGUGAAAAGAAACUCUGUAAUGUCUGAGCAAUGAAAUAACUUCCAGCCCUGUUUUUAUUUUUCUGGGUUUAUUUUUUGGACUUAAAAGGCCCCAUCAAACCGCUCAGUCUUAAAAAAUUAUCAAAUGAACUGUUUUAUUCCAUCUUUCCUCUGUACGAUGGAUACGUUUUGACAAUGAUUAGAUACGUUUGUGUAAAUAGUGCUUUCACGAUGAAAGAUGACUAUUUUGUAUUGUUUAAAAAAAUCCCUAGUUUUUAUUGUCUUGGAUUGUAAAUAUGAUAUCUGUGUAAUAAUGUACAUAAAAUGACAGAAGAUGACCUACUCUUUUUUGCAUGUGUAUGUUGUGAGCUAAUGAUAAUCUUUGUUCUGCAACACGUCGUGUUAUGUCUGAUCUCUACACUGCUACCUGUUGCAUGCAGAUGCAUGGGAAGCACCUGUGUAUCAGUACUGGGAAUGGGGAAAUGUCAAGUCUUAAAGUAAAUGUUUUCUUUUUUUUCCCAUGGAUAAAGGCUUAUUUAAAGGAUCACCAGUCUACAAAUGCGGCAAUGGAGACAAGUGCUCAAAAUUUGCAUUGGUUUAUCUUUUUUUUUCUUUUUUUUUCCUCUUCUGUUACUGGUUCAAACUGCUGUGCAUCUGAGAAAUGCAUUUGUAGCAAAAAUCUGUUUCAUAUGAUAUCUUUGUGACAACCAUAAUGUUUUACAUUUUUUAUGUUUAUUUUCUGGUGUUUAUUUGCACUGAUAUAAAUAAAAUAUUGAAAUGCACAAAA